AUGAUGGGUGGAGAUGACUUUAAGGUGCCAAUGUUGCCAAAUAGGAUGGCGCUGGUAAGCACAGAGAACAAAAAUGAACCACAGCGAACAUCGAAACUUCAGGCUCCAAUCAUGCUGCUCACUGGACAUGAGGAAGAGAUUUUUGCUGCACGUUUUAGUACAGAUGGAACCUGUCUUGCAACUGCAGGGUUCGAUCAAAAAAUCUUUCUUUGGAAUGUUUACGGUGAAUGUGAGAAUUUUUCUCUUCUACGAGGUCAUACAGGAGCUGUUAUGGACGUUCAUUUCAAUACAGAUUCAAGCUUAUUGGUAUCAGCGGCAACAGAUAAAACUGUGCGGGUUUGGGAUAUGGAAACUGGAGCAUGUCGACGAAAGUUCAAGUCGCAUAUUGACAUAGUAAACUCUUGUCAUCCUUCACGCCGCGGACCACAACUCAUCUGUUCUGCUGGUGAUGAUGGCCUGGUGAAAGUGCACGACAUUCGACUAAAAGAUGCUGUAAAAACAUAUGAGAAUAGGUUUCAACAAUUGGCCGUCACAUUUAAUGACACAUCGGACGAAAUCUUUGUGGGCAGCAUUGACAGUGAUAUUUAUUGCUGGGAUAUGCGACGUGAUGAUAUCUCUUAUGUAAUGCAAGGACACAAAGACAUCAUUACUGGAUUAGCUUUAAGUCCAAAUGGCAACUACCUCCUAUCUAAUAGUAUGGAUUGCUCAGCAAAAAUGUGGGAUGUGAGGCCUUUUGCUCCGCAGGAGCGGUGUCUUAAAUCCUUCUAUGGUCAUCAGCACAACUUUGAAAAGAAUUUGCUGAAAUGUGGAUGGUCCGGUGAUGGCAAGAGAAUCACUGCCGGUUCUAGCGAUCGAUUUGUUUACGUGUGGGAUGUCGGCUCUCGUCAUAUACUUUACAAACUUCCUGGUCACUUGGGUUCCGUUAAUGCCACGGACUUACAUCCUUUAGAACCGAUAUUGUUAUCAGCAGGAAGCGAUAAGCGGAUAUUCUUGGGCGAAAUCGCGUAG